GUGUAUUUUGAAAAAAAAGUUUUUAAGAAGUCACAUAAAAUUAAUUAUUUCAAUGGCCUGAUGUACUUCUAGUAAACAUGUUUGUGAGAGCUGGUAAGUAGAGUGGAGCUGAAUUCAUCCCACAGAACUGAGUUUGGUUCUUCUAAUGCUCUAUGUGACACUCUGUGAGACUCUGUCCUAUAAGAAUGGACACGAAAGACACUGAGACAAGUCCCAACUGACUGCAGUAUCUGCUGUGCCACUAAUUCCAUGUGUCUCAUUUUUAUUUCUCUCUCUACAGAACUUCUGAAGGCACAAAGAUACGCAGUUGAUGUGACUCUGGACCCUGAUACAGCACAUCUUCAACUCGUCCUGUCUGAGGACAGGAAACGAGUGAAACAUGAAAACACAAAGCAGGAGCUCCCUGACAACCCAGAGAGGUUUAAACGCCGGAUAGGUGUCCUGGGAAAAGAGGGUUUUUCUUCAGGGAAACAUUACUGGGAGGUGCAGGUUGGGGACAAAACUGACUGGGAUUUAGGAGUGGUCAGAGAGUCCAUCAACAGGAAGGGAAAACCUAUAUUGAGUCCCAAUAAUGGUUACUGGACUAUCUGGCUGAGGAAUGGAAAUGAGUAUAAGGCUAAUGCUGAGUCCUCUGUUUCCCUCCCCCUGAGUGUGAGGCCCCAGAAGGUGGGGGUGCAUGUGGACUAUGAGGAGGGUCAGGUCUCCUUUUACAGUGUGGAGGACAAGUCUCAUAUCUACACUUUCACUGGAUAUAAAUUCACUGAGAAGCUCUAUCCGUUCUUCUGCCCAGGCUUCCAGAACUCAGCCCCACUGAUAUCUCCUGUCAGUGACACAGACUGAAGACACUGAUUUUAGCUUUUAAUGUUCAAAUUAUGAUGUCAUAUUCUGAUUUAAUUUCCCUUCUCACCCGUAUUCAGGGUUUGUAAUUU